AUGGCCGCAAGCGCGAAAACACAGCCCCCGGGCGCCUACAUCUACGACGAAAUCGUCAAGAUCGCAGAAGAAAGCUUCCCUGACGCCUACAACGCGCUCCUCGAUGUCGACGACAUGCCCUGGGAGCGGCCUGACUACGACCGUGUCGGCUUCUCCUCGCACUCCCUCUUCCUCGGUCACAUUGUCGUCGACGGCCUCACACACAAAGUCUCGGCAUACAUGACAAGCGAGGGCAACAUCCAGCUCUUCCGCCGCAGCAUCAGUCUCUCGCGACGCGAUAACGAGCGCCUCGCCCUGACAAGCAUUUGGACGCAUCUGCAAGAGAAUGUCGAGCGCCCGGGUCUGCACAAUUUGAAGGCACUGUGCGGAUUCUACUUCGUCGCCGCCGGGUAUGCAGACGUGGUGAAUGCGAAGAAGGGUUGGUUCCAAGAUCUGGAAAUGGCUUCGAGGAAAGUUGGUCUGGGCCUUGGGGUCCUGGAUGAUGAGCCUGUGGUUUCGGGACUGGGUGAGGAGGUGGAGAGGAACGUCGGAAAGGCCUUGAGUUCGCACGAUGGCGACGUCGAAGACAACGUGGGUUCUGGAGACGAGACGGACGUCACGGUGGGCGCGGUGAUGAGGGGCCUGGGUGCUGGGGUCGAUGAAGUCAAGGUUGCACACAUCCUGCAACGGCUCCUGAUCGUAGUCAAGACCAGGCAGGAGAGCUGGGGUGAGCGGAUUGAGGCGGAACUGAAGCGGGCUUGGCCAAACUACAAGAAGCACUGGAGAUAG